AUGUCGGAGCCUCCGUUUCCCCUCCACCCUUCCAUCGUCAACCGCAUCGACGCCGAGUACGCCGCCUUUUAUAGCCAGCACAUCGCCGAUAAACAGCAGGUCCACCUUCAGCCCGUCGCCGCAUCCCGUGCUAGCGGCGUCCUCAUCCCCGGCGCCGGCCCGCUGGUCCCCGUCGCUAAGACCGCCGACUACGCCGUUCAGCGGACCGAGACUUCCGGUCCGGAUGUCCGGGUCCGCUGCUUUACCCCGGACGGCCCGCAGCCCGCCUCUGGCUGGCCCGUGCUGCUCUACUACCACGGCGGCGGCUGGGUGCUCGGCAACAUCGAGACGGAGAAUGUCGUCGCCACCAAUAUAUGUGCCCGGGCCAAGUGCGUCGUCAUGACGGCCGAUUAUAGACUAGCACCCGAGAAUCCCUUCCCCGCUGCUGUCGACGACGCCUGGGAGGUGGCGCUUUGGGCCCUCGGCCCAGCCAAGGAUCUUCUCGGACUCGACACAUAUCGUAUGGCCACAGGCGGCUCUUCGGCGGGUGGCAACCUGGCAGCAAUCAUGUGCCAGCGCGCGGCGGCUCGAGGCGGCUCGCCUGCCUUUCGCCUACAACUUCUCUCAGUGCCCGUCAUGGACAACACGGCCGACACGUCCAACAACCCAUCGUGGGCCGAGAACCAACACGCCCCGGCCCUGCCAGCAGCCAAGAUGCUCUGGUACCGCCACCACUACCUGCCCAACCGCAGCGACUGGCCCCGCCCUGAAGCGAGCCCCCUGUUCUGGCAAGGCGACUGGUCCGGCCUACCGCCCGCCGUUAUCGUCCUCGGCGAAUGCGACGUGCUGCGGCACGAGGGGGAGCAGUUUGGGGAAAAGCUGGCCAAGGCGGGCGUCCAGACCCAGGUUCACGUCCUCGAGGGCCAGCCGCAUCCGUUCCUCGCCAUGGAUGGCGCCCUCGAGGACGGCAGGCGUGCCAUUACCUGGUUCUGCGAGGCCAUGUUGACUGCAAUGUACGGACCGCAAUAG